AUGUUGGGUGGAAGUGCUAAUGUUUCGCGGGGCUACAGUGCGCAUCUGCUGCGUGUAGAUUUCACCCUGAAGUCAGGCAAGCUUCAGCUUUGUUUGGGUGACUCGAGUGGAGAUGACUACUUUGCGCCUACCAAAAUACACGUUCGAGGCCAGGCAAGCAUGAUUUUUCCGAUUCUUGUACAAUUAGCUGGCGACGCCUAG